GAAUGGAUACCUUAUGAUAGAUUAUCAAAUAUUAAAUACGUAGCAGAAGGAGGCUUCUCCAAAGUUUAUUCAGCUUCAUGGUUGGAUGGUUUAAUUCAAGGAUGGAACUUUGAACAAAAACAAUGGAAAAGACUUGGCAAGACUGAAGUUGCCUUAAAAGUUCUUCAAGAUUCACAAAAUAUUUCAUCAGAGUUCUUGGAAGAGUUACAUUUGAAUUUACAACGUGGUUCCACAUACGUUGCAAAAUGUUUUGGUUUCACCAAAGAACCAAAAUCAAAUAAUUACGUCAUGGUUCUCGAAUAUGCAGAAAAUGGAAAUUUAAGAAAUUUUUUGACUAAGUCAGAAUCCAUUGAUUGGUAUCAAAAGGUUGAAAUUUUAAAACAAAUUGGACAUCAUCUUUGUAGACUUCAUGAAAAAGAGAUCAUUCAUAAAGAUUUCCAUAUUGGGAACAUAUUAUAUGAAACCAAUCAUCGUAUUGAUGAUUUUUUAAUUAUAAGCGAUUUAGGUGUUUGUCAACCUAUUAGCAAGAGGCCUUGUUUUGUUAUGCAAUCAUCAGAAAUCUACGGAGUGUUACCUUAUAUGGCACCAGAAGUUCUGAAAGAUCAUUCAUAUAGUAAAGCUUCUAAUAUUUAUGCUUUUGGUGGAAUUAUCUAUGAAAUUGUAACUGGAUAUCCUCCUUUUUAUAAUAGACCUCAUGAUUUUCAACUUGCUUUAGAUAUUUGUAAAGGUGUUCAUCCUGAUAUUCCUGAACACGUUCCUAAAUCUAUCGCUAAUUUGAUUUUAAGAUGCUGGGAACCAAAUCCUAAAAAAAGAAUUACUGCAAUAGAAAUUUUUAGUAUGAUCAGAUGUUGUUUUAUUUAUGAAGAUGAAAAUAAAUUAUCUCCUAGGUUAACGAAAGAAAUAGAGGAAUUUAAAUCUGCUCAUCAAGUAUAUCAAGCAGAGCAAAUAAAAAUUCAUCCUGAGGCUGUUUACAUUAGUAGACUUCUUUCUUUCCCUAAGCUUGAAGAAUCUUUGAAGAAUUAAUUUGUUAAUUUAAAUUCAUUCAUUUAUACUUUUAAAAAAAUUCUUUAAAAUAUCAUAUAUAUUUAAUUUGUCAAGGGCAAAAAUGACAGAUAUGAUACAAGUGUAUAUUAUACUUAUUGUUUUAUUAUAGACCGUUACCUAGUUGUUUAUAAUUUUUAUGAUUUAAUGAUGUAUUUAAAAAAAAGUGAUUGUAAUAAAGGCAUUUAAAUUGUAC